AUGAUAGAGGAAUCUAAUAUUUGGUAUCAGUAUUGGAUUGAUAAAAAUUUGACUGACUCCCAGUGUGAUGAAAUUUCGUUUGUUGAUUUAUUGGCUCAUUGCGAAUAUUAUCCUGCUAUUUUUCAAAUACUUAAUAUUUUUAUAUCACUGCCUCCGGCAACGUGCACAAUAGAAAGAUCGUUCAGUACAUUAAGACGAGUAAAAACGUGGCUUCGCUCGACUACAGGAGAAGAUCGUUUAAAUGGGUUGUGUAUGAUGAGCCUUCAUCGUGAAAGAGUUAACGCAAACAAGGAUAAUUUCAUUCAGGAUGUCAUUAAUAUGUUUGGAAUAAAACGAAGAAAUUUGCAGUUCUUAUUUACUGAUACCGAAUAA